GUAAACAGUCUGGUUCUUGUUGCUCACGUUGUUUCUGUUAGUUGAUCUUUUUCUACGUUUGCAGCUGAGUGUGUCCUCGUUAGCAGGAUGUCCGCUCCUCUGCUGGGAGAACUGGUCAAACACUGGGAGAGCGAGCAGGAGCGUCUAAGGCAGCAGGUGGUGGUGGACGAUACCGAAGACUGGCAGAGGAGCCCAGGCUUCUCGGGCUUGGAGAGGGUCGGUGGAGUGGACCUCUCCUUCAUCAAAGGGGAUGACGUCAACGCUUGCGCCCAGCUAGUAGUCCUCAGUUACCCAGAUCUAAAGGUUCUGUAUGAGGACAGUCAGAUGGUGAGCCUGACAGCCCCCUACAUCGCUGGUUUCCUGGCCUUCAGAGAAACUCCUUUCCUCCUGGAGGCUCUGCAGCGUCUACAAACAAACCAGCCUGCGUUCAUGCCUCAGGUGGUGUUUGUGGAUGGGAAUGGUCUCUUCCACUACAGAGAGUUCGGCCUGGCAUGUCAUCUAGGAGUGCUGUCGGGGCUACCCUGUGUGGGCGUGGCCAAGAAUCUGCUGCAGGUGCAGGGUGUGUAUAAGAACGUGGAGCACCAAUCACAAAUAGCUGCUUUGCAGAGAGGAGGAGACAGCUUCCCGCUCACAGCUGCCUCAGGCAAAGUGCUCGGAAAGGCACUUCGAAGUUCUGACAAGAGCUCCAAGCCAGUGUAUGUGUCUGUAGGCCACAAGAUCAGUCUGGACACAGCUGUUCGCCUCACGCACUCAUGCUGCAGCUAUCGGGUACCUGAACCCAUCAGACAGGCUGACUAUCGCUCCAGAGAAUACCUCCGCAAACACUUCCCAGCUGCAGAUAUAUGAAUCAUAGCACAAGCAUUCCGAGGCUGAGAAACUGCAGAUGCCAGCAACUGGAUAUCAACACGCAGGAUAUCAGGAUAUCAACACAUUGUGGACGUGCACCAUGGCUGAUUCAGCAAAGGAACGCAAGAGGACAUUGUCGGAGGAAGCGAGGGAAAGAAAGAGUAAGGAAGAAUCAACAACCUUCCUUACGUAGACUGAAUUACCCUUCGUAAGGAGACACCAAUGUGCAAAAAUCUGUCAAAGUUCAGUAGUGCAGCUUCAAGGACUGUUUACAAUGAUGUGCAAAGUCUUAAACAAUAUUUCAUUUCUUUCAGUGUAGCUUCAAAGCAGCCAGACUUUUAUGUAAUCUGUUAAUGUUUGGGGCAUCGUGGCUCAGUGGGUAGUGGUUGUCUUGCCUGAGGGUUGCCGGUUUGAUCCUCGGCUUGUCGAGCUCAUGUCGAGGUGUCCCUGAGAAAGACACGAAACCCCAAAUGGCUCCUGAUGUGUCGUGGUUAGCGCCUUGCAUGGCAGCUUCCACCAUCAGUGUGUGAAUGGGUGAAUAGGAUGUAUAAUGUAAAGCGCUUUGGGUAAAAGCGCUAUAUAAAUACAGACCAUUUUCCAUUUAAUGUGGUCUUGAGCAAUAAGUCUCCAGGUUUUUGAAGGUCUUUUUAAGUUUUUCUUUGGCUACAGAUCUUGUAUAUUUCAAAAGAAUGUUCUUGUUUUUAAAGCCACUUAAUAGAGACCAUUGUGACAAUCUGUCACAAAGACACAUAAGUUGUUUUCAUUUCUUCAGUUGCAUAUAUGAAAAAAUAGCAAAGAUAACAGCUUGUCCAUCCAUCCUCUAUCUAUACCGCUUCGUCCUAUGAAGGGUUGUGGGCAGUGUUGGGGUAGUUACUCUAAAAAUGUAAUUAGUUACUAGUUACUCAUUACUUCUGUAAAUUGUAAUGAAAUUACUUUACUUGUUACUGCAUUUGAAGUAACACCACUGCUUAUUACUUUACUUUAGCAUUUCAUAAUUCAACCGUGUGGACAUGGACAAACAUCAUAGCUGAAUCAUCACUGCCUGUCCACAUAGUGUUUGUUGUAUGUUGUAAACAAAAUGGCUUUGAAACCAUAAAAACAACAUCCCUGUCUGUGGGAAGA